GGAAGAAGACGAAGAAGAAAAAGACCACGAAGAAGAAGACCAAGGUCGACUUGAGUGAUUAACCGUGAAAAUGAUGACACUUUUAACGAGAUCGGGGGCUUUGGCUCCAUAUAUGCAAGCCACAUCUUUUACGAUCGCUGGCCCGCUCAAGGCUCUGGUUCCUGGGGUUCCUGUCAAGUCCGAACGGGUCUUGUUGAACCCGAAGAAGUUGUUCCUGUGCCGCGAAUCGCUCAAUGGCCAAAGCCCCAAGACAGGACCCGCCAUCACGGUUAGCCUUAAUGCCUGUUCCGCGGUGCGAUUGGCCCACACAGACGUCAGGGUACCAGACUUCUCCAGUUACAGACGCCCAGAGGUGCUGGACCCCCAUAAGUCCUCCCAGGAGACCAGUGAAUCCAGAAGAGUCUUUUCAUAUUUAGUGACGGGUGCCACGGCGGUGAUGGGCGUCUACGCCGCUAAGACGGUGGUCACUCAGUUUGUGUCCUCCAUGAGCGCGUCAGCGGACGUCCUUGCCUUGUCCAAGAUUGAAAUCAAGCUCAGCGAAAUCCCCCAAGGCAAGAACAUGACGUUCAAGUGGAGAGGCAAACCCCUUUUUGUCCGUCACCGCACCGAGCGAGAGAUUGCGACGGAGGAAGCGGUGAAUUUGGCAGAGCUGCGUGACCCUCAACAUGACAAGGACCGCGUCAUCCAUCCCAGUUGGGUCAUUGUUCUUGGGGUGUGCACCCAUCUCGGCUGCGUACCCAUCGCCAACGCUGGUGACUUUGGAGGUUACUACUGCCCUUGUCACGGCUCGCAUUACGACGCUUCAGGACGCAUCAGGAAAGGCCCCGCCCCUCUCAACUUGGAGGUUCCAUACUACGAGUUUCCAGAUGAAGACACUGUGGUUGUUGGAUAAUCCAAACAUGUUCUUCUAUUAAAUGGUGUUCAAAUAAAUAAAUAUAAAUAAAUAUCCCAAGCUUUCAUGCUUUCAAACUAUUUGCUUUGUGUAUAGUAGACUGAGUAGUAGGAAAAUAGUAUAUUAGUUACCUAAUGGAGGGUUUUUUGCCUAUUGUAGUACUUAUUGGCGAUGUAGUGUUAGUGAAUUGUCUUCACACACACACACACAUUCUACACAAGUGGUGCUUGUAAUUCAUUUAAAGCAACAUAUUUCAUAUUUAGCACUGUGCUAAGGCGGUUGCAUUUGAAAGACUCUUUUUAAAUUAGGCUGGGGAAAAGUUAGAAUAUUACGAGAAUAAAGUCGUAACAUGAGAAGAAAAUCUACGAGAACAAAGUUGAAAUAGUUGGAUUUUUUUUUUUUUUUAAAGCAACAGCAGAAACUUUUCCAAGAAUAAAGUGAAAAUAUUAAGAGAAAAAGUUGUUUUCUAAUGAGGAAAAAAGUUGCAAUUUUUACAAGAAUAAGCUCGUAAUGAGGAAAAAUGGCAUUUUAGUAGCACAGAGUUGAAAUAUUGCUAUUAUCUGUGGAGCUGGUCCAAGCACCCGUCCAAAUUCACGCGAUUGAAUGUUUGAACAUGUAACGGUUAAGCUGUGAGGUGUGAAGACAGGCUGGUGCAUUGUGGCAGUAAAUAUUGUAGGAAUGAGAAAUAAUUGUGCACAACAGUCGUCACCUGAACAUUUAUGAUUGUUGAAAUCACGCGUGAUUUCCUUUUAAGGUGUAUAUUAGGCCACCGAAGAGGCCGUCCAGAAGAUAGGGACAGAAACAGCGCGGCUUGAGAAGAGUUGCCAUUUAUUCAAGUAUGUAUGUAUGUAUGCGCUCCUAAAAAUGUAUGUUAGGGGCCACUGUGCUGAUGGUAAUAAUAAAAAAAAGUUAUUCUGGAACCCUGACUGUAAAAGGUCCACCACUGCUCUUGAGGUUUGCAGGAAUUUGAGCCGGUCCGUGUGGUCACAAAGGUCGAGGACUGCCGGUUUAGAUGGCUGAGCAGGAUUCGCUGUGUUAAUCGUGCCUAUCAAUAUUGUGAUCACUUUAUUCAGUCGAUGACGUGGCUCUCAAACAGUUGAACGUACGUGCGGCUGCUUCUGCAUUCAUGCAACAUCCAUGUUGUGCACUAAUGUAGCGAACAAAGGACAUUCCUUGCAAGCUUCGAUAGCACGCUCAUGAUUGGCUUGAAACAGACGCAGUCACAUAAAUAACUGUAAUUACUUUAUUGGCAAAAGGAAAAAUAAAAGAAUGAUGCCAGUUCUUUAAUACUAAGCCAGCUUCCCUACCAGUCCAUCUACGUUGUUACAAAAGGAGACAUACCUUUAAAAUACCAUAACAAGGUUAAGACAGUAUGGAGCUUUGCACUCAAUGUAGACAGUAAACCGGAUGACGAAUGUAUACAUAAUAAAAAUAGCACAUGUUCUUGGGUGAAUGUUAAAGUUGCAUAUACAGGAAAUUAAUUACAAAAGAACUGCAGGACAGAAGAAUUUCUGAGGUGGAUCUUGCAAAAAAAAUAUUUCCUCCAGAUCAUCAGUAUUCAUUUCAAGGAGAUACUUUGUUUCCCCAACAUUCAACGUUAAAUACAUCCAAAGCCCUCUUUUUUUAAAAGAAGCCUAAUUUUUGCUUAUCAAAAAGGCAAAAUAAGUGUGAUACCAGUAUCAAUAUUUAUGUUAGAAUCUCAUUAUGUCUGUUAUGUCCAAAAAGUAAAAGAAUGAAAAUCUUCAAAUGUACAACAAGGAAUCAGCUUCUACUACGUUUACACAAACAAUGAAGUUCCAAACUGGAAUGAAAUAAUAAAAUGGAAGUUAUCAAAAAAUUAAAAAACAGAAUUUGGGGAUUUAACAGCUUUAAAUAGCCGUGUUGGAGA